AUGAGGAUGAGGAUGGUUGGGUGUCGGGUGGUGGGGAUAUACGGGGGGAAAGUGGCUCGAGGAGAAAACAGUGAGUCAUCUGGUGCUCAUCAUCAUCUGAAGAGACUUGGAGCACCUGAAGGUCGGCCGUUUCGGGCGGCACAUGCGAGCGCUCUCCGCGCCGAGCGCACUUGGCUUUCGCGUCACCGCCGCCCGGUGCGAGCAGUCGGCAGUCAUAGCCGUCUCCUAACGUGGUCCAGGAAAGCCAUCGGGGUGUGAGAAUCACAUUCAAAGUUAGGUACUGGAUACUGUUGCUGAAUCCUGUUGUUGGGGUAAAGUUGAAUCUGCCCCUGCUUUCGACAGGAAGAGCCUGGACUCGUGCUGACCCACCAUCUCAUCCAGGAAAAGUGGUUUCUCAAACUGCACUUUGGUUCCAAGAACGUGCAAAGACUUUUUUUAUCUAGAUGUGUACAGCCGUCUAUAAUGCAUUUCUAACAGUGUUUUUGUACCAGCUGCGUAAUACCAGUUUUAACAUCGGUAACAUUUUCAAGAUGGAUUACCUGACUACAGUGCAGUAGGUUUUAUCUGCAUAUAUUAGACUUCUGCCUCUGUGUUUCUGCAUGCCUCCUGUUGUAUUUUUCUUGAUGCUUUGCCAGCGUAAUGGCUCAGUUGCUCGAGGCAUCAUCAUUCAAAUUAUGUUUUGACAAGACAGACUUAAUGUGGUCAUUACUCUAAUGGCUUUUAUGAAAAUGCCCUGAUGUCCCUCUUCUCCCUGUAGUGAACUUAAAUAGGUGUUUGUUUCAGACUACCUUUGCUGCACAGGACAGUGUCAAGAAUCAGCCAAGUAUUGGAAUAGAUGGUUCCUGUGCUGGACAAUAUGACCCCAGCUCCACUGACACAGAACUGCUCCAACUGUAGCCAGGUUUUAGUCCCAGAGCUCAAUGUGGUCAAGGCUGUGGUUUUGGGCCUCGUGCUCGGUGCCUUUAUUGUGUUUGGGAUUGUGGGAAACAUCCUGGUAAUCCUUUCGGUUGUUUGUCACCGACACCUGCGGACGGUGACACAUUACUUUAUAGUUAAUCUGGCGGUGGCAGAUUUGCUGCUGAGCUCCACUGUACUUCCGUUCUCUGCCAUUUUUGAGAUUGUGGACCGUUGGUUGUUUGGACGAGCCUUUUGCAAUGUUUGGGCAGCUGUGGAUGUGCUCUGCUGCACUGCCUCUAUCAUGAGCCUCUGCGUGAUCUCGGUUGACCGCUACAUUGGAGUCAGUUACCCUCUGCGUUACCCGACUAUAAUGACAAAGCGCAGGGCGCUGCUGGCAGUGAUGCUGCUGUGGGUGCUGUCAAUUAUCAUAUCUAUUGGACCUUUGUUUGGCUGGAAAGAGCCGCCACCCGAGGACGAGACCAUCUGCAGGAUCACAGAGGAGCCGGGCUACGCCAUCUUCUCUGCUGUGGGUUCUUUCUACCUCCCUCUGGCCAUCAUACUGGCAAUGUACUGCCGGGUCUAUGUGGUAGCUCACAGAGAGAGCCAGGGCCGGAGGGAAGGCCACAAGACAGAGAAGUCAGAUUCAGAGCAGGUGAUACUCAGGAUACACAGAGGAAACACAACCGUAUCAGAGGAAGAGGCCCUUCGCAAUCGCACACAUUUUGCCCUGCGACUGCUCAAGUUCUCACGUGAGAAGAAGGCUGCCAAGACCUUGGGCAUCGUGGUCGGCUGCUUCGUGUUGUGCUGGCUGCCCUUUUUCCUUGUGCUACCCAUCGGCUCCAUUUUCCCUGCGUACAGGCCUUCAGACACUGUCUUCAAGAUCACCUUCUGGCUCGGUUACUUCAACAGCUGCAUCAACCCCAUCAUCUACCCGUGCUCCAAUCAGGAGUUUAAGAAAGCUUUCCAGAGUUUACUUGGAGUUCACUGUCUGAGAACGAUCCCUAGACCACACAAUCAUCAUCUGAAUGCAAUUCAGAGUCAAACUCAGGGUCACAGCCAGCCCCUCAGUCUGGGCCUGGACAGCAGGGGGGCUCCAUGUCGGCUCAGCCCUUCCCCCUCCAUGGCCUUGUCCAGAACCCCGUCCUCCAGGGACAGCAGGGAGUGGAGGGUCUUUUCUGGAGGCUCCACGGGCAGAGCAGGACCGGCCGAGACUAGCAGGGCAAAAGUGGCCAAACUCUGCAGUAAAAGCUUCCAGCAAACCUGCUGCUGCAUCCUCAGUGGUGGGACUCCCCCGCAGGAGUCGAACUGCGCCCAGCCCGCUGCUGUCGGAAACCUUCCCACAAUUAAAAUCCACCAACUGUCCCUGUCGGAAAAAGGAGAGCCUGUAUAACCACUGUAAUCCUUCUUCCAUUAGUCAUGAUUCCCUUUUCAAGGUCGCGGCUGAGAAUAUAUUUCAGUUUGCUCUGUUAACGUCCCAACAGACAAACUGUGUUGCAGCAGCGUCUGCUUGCUGAGAUUUAAAAUGUAAAGCCUUGACAUAACUCUGUGAGAUCUAAAGAGACAUCAUAGCCAAACUCUACCACUUUAAGAAGACGUACAAGCUACUGCAGCCCAUCGCAGAAAUCCAUCCUGUAAGCACUGAAGUGAACCAAAAGAAAUACGUAUAGCAGAGACACCAAAAGAUCUCUGAAUGUUUACAUAUUUUAUAUUACAGGAGAGCAGUUCAAAUGUAUAAACAUGUAAAUAGCAGAGUUUUUCUAUAAUGCAUGAUUUCACCAGAUGUUGGAGAAGUGCUGGUCAGUGGUGCUCCUGUUGUCCAAAGUCUGCCUAUGAUUGUGUUCCUGUUGUCAAACUGCUGUUUGUGUGCUGCUCUGUGCACAGUAAAAACCGAGGGACCUUGUGUACUUCCACGUCACAUUACAAUAAAUUUGUAUGACAUAUUCCUAACAAGGGAUUCA